AUGCUGCCGUCCACGAUCAGCCAAGCCGUCGUCGACUUUCCCUCCUCGGGGGUAUCCCCGUCCGCGAUGACGGCCGAAGCGAUGGCACACGACGAGGACAGCUUCGUCGACCUCUACAAGGGGGCACUCGCGGUGACCCCGCCUCCGCCCUCCAACGCGAGAAGCCCGCAGAUGCAGUGGGGCACGGCUCUUCCGUUCGCGGGAAACGCAGGAAACGACGACCACAUCGCCGCCCCCGCCCCCGCCAGCGGCAGCAUCGAGUUCGGCGGCACCCGUGCCAACCCAUUCUCGCCCCUGCCCCUGUCCUCCGCGUCGCCGACCACCCUUCAAACCAACAAACAGUCCUUGCUUCCCGCCAGCAGGAGUAGUGUCGCUGUCGCGGCCGUCGCGGCGACGCCGACGCCUGUGCUGCCGCCGCCGACGGCACGCCGGCCUGCGCCCGCCGCCGCCGACCCGCCCCGCGCGGCGAAGCCUUCUUCCGGGCCGACGAAGGCUAGGGCGAAGGGCGGCGCACGCAAACCACGACGGGUAAAGCUGCAUGACGACGGCGACGACGACGAUGACCCCGAAGACGGUGCGCCGGACCACAGGGUUUGCCUGCUCGCCGUCGGCACGAAGAAGCAACGCCUCGGCGGCGCGGGCAGUACCGUUACCGUUACCGGCGGCGGCGGCGGCGGCGGUGCCAUGGACAGCGGCGCCUCCCUCGACGACGUGAUCGGCAUGCUCACGGCCGAGAUCAAUCGGAACGGCCGGGAGGCGGAGACGGAGCGCGUGGACACCGGGGAGCGCGCGGUGCUGCAGGGCUGCUAA